AUGCGUCUCCCAUACGCCCCCACCGAACCUGCCUCUCCGGACGCGGACACGGCCGAUAUUUACGCCCGCAUUGCUGCCCGCCGCCAUCCCCGCCCGCUCAUUCCCCUCGAUCUGUCGCUCCUGCACUCACCACCCGUCGCGGACGGCUGGAACAGCUUCCUCGGUGCCAUCCGCACGCGUACGAUCAUCGAUCAAGGGUUGCUAGAACUGGCUGUGUGUCGCGUGGCGGUUCUCACGAAUGCCGUUUACGAAUGGAACGCCCACGCCCCGCUCGCUCUACGCGGGGGGAUCCGGCCUGAGGAGCUGCAGGCCGUGCGUACGCUGUCUUCGGUGGCUGUCGGCACAUCAGAAGAGCUGGCCGCUAGUAUUGAGUCCCUGGGGCGGAGUUCGUUGACUACGCGGCAGCGUGCUAUCGUUCAGUACGCAGAUGAGAUGACCCAGACGGUGCGGGUGCAGGACGCCACGUUUGCGCGUUUGCAGGACGAGGGGUUUUCGGAUCGAGAGAUCGUCGAAUUGACGACAGGCAUCGCGGGUUAUAAUUGCGUGAGUCGCGUGUUGGUGGCUCUCGAUGUCGGAGAGAAUAACGGACGCGAAAUGAAGAGUGUGGAUGAGCUAGUGGCCCAACUAGGCCGUUGA